UGCAAAACAACCCUUGAAAGAAAGAAGGAACAACGGCUGAUUGAGACAGCUGAGACAAUACAACACUAUCGUUACAGGCUGGCAAUUUAUUAUCAUACAAGUAGACAACUAGCUAGCUAGUAGUAUGACUUCUCUUACUAAGCUAUCUCAAGCUUCAUGCUUGAAGCUUCUCUUGCUGAGCUAUCUGCUAUCCACUAUUGGUACUGUCCACGGCUGGAGGAAGCAGUACCAUUCAUUCCCGCGGAAAACUCGUGCAGCAGCAACCAACUUGUGUCUAGAUCAGCAGGCACCAGGGCUGUCUUCUCUGUUACAGCUUAGAGGAGGGGAAAUUCAGUAUCCCACUUCAAUUAUUCACUUGGAUGACAUUCUAGAAGAAACCAAAGCAACUGGCCAACUGGUUGUCAUUUACUUGUAUUCUGACAACUGUGCUCCUUGCGAACGCGUAGCUCCAUUGUUCCAAGAACUAGCGGAAAGUGAAGAAUUCCAAGACAAAGUACUCUUUCUAAAGGUCCAUGUAGAGGAACACCAUUUGAUUGUCAAUCAAUACGGAGUCACGGGAUGGCCCACCUUUUUAUUCCUCAAAGAAGGAAAAGUACAAACAGAAAUUGUGGGAGGCAAACUGGCAGAGGCCACGCUCUAUGACUGGGUCAAACUACUCAUGCCCAAAGAAGAAACUACAACACAGCAGCAAGAGUCACAGUCACAAAGCAAUGACAAUGACAAUGACAGUGCCGUAGAGGAAGAGCAGAAACAGGAGUAACCAAAACUAAAAGUAAAUAUUGGAAAAAGAAAUAGAAGAUGGAUAGGGAAACUUUAUUAGUGCUGAUGAAUACUCCUGUGCAUGAUCAGCCCAGAUUGAAAAGCGUAUGCUUCAAUAGGCAUGGCUCUUCCACUUUAUUGGCU